AUGGCUUUCUUCGAUCGUGUGGGAGCGGAGGUGACCUUCGUUUACAGCCGCACGUUCAUCGACGAGGCGCCCCUGGCGGUGAACCCUGGCACUCAUCGUCGAAGCGUGCGCGCUUGCAUCUACUUUGCGUCUGGCAAGUGCACCGUGGGAGCACAGUGCAACUACUGCCACAUGCCGCAUGCAGACCGCCCUCCCAAGCUUGACAAGCAGCAGCGCACGAAGUUCAACUUGAUGGGCAAGCGCGAAGCCCUUGUGUUGCUUCAUGGGUUCUUGACGAUGAACGCGACAGAGAAUGGCUUCCUAAAUCUCGCGACGGACAUCCUGGACUUGCUGGCGAAGGAGACAAUGAGGCAUGAUGCCGGCGAGGAUGCGACCUCCUCAUCCGCGCACCGACGUCUUGAGCGUGUGCUCGUCCGCAUGCCCUUCCACCAGCUUGCCCUGCUCUCUGUCUCGAAGGCAGAUCGUGGCGAGUUCGGUGAGCUUAUGGUGACAUGCAUCGAGAAGCUCACCGAUGAUCUUGAAGCAGUGCGGAACAACGGAUUGAACGCUUGA